AUGGCUAUUUCUUUUUGCCCAGUCUUAGUUUUCACAAAUAUUCUUUUUUUAAACUCUACGGAAGCCAACGUAUUCUUUGAGACUCAAGAAUAUAAACAAAACAUAAUAUUGGAAAGUCUUUCUGAGAUGAAUUAUAAAUCUCGUGUAAAACGCGAUUUUUUUGAUAGAGAGGAAGAGGUUGAAUCAUCUGGUACUGGCGAGAAGAAAACGAUUAAAAAGGUCCGCAUUAAUGCCAACGAAAGAGAAGAAUCUGCCAAAUCUGAAACAUCAUCGAUCAUUCAAAAAAGUGGCUUAAAAUUUAUGAGUGAUAAGAAUAAUGCUGAUUUUUUCUCUAGUCUAGAGUAUUUGGGUAUCAUUCAAGUUGGUGAAAGCAUAGGAAACAAUCAAAGUCGAGAAACAUAUCCAAAAGAUUUAGUACAAGCUACUAAUCAGUUAUUAAAAAGAAGUUAGCAAGACGUUUUUUCCAAAUUUGGCUCUUAU